AUGGAGAAUCCGAAUACAAAUGUUGAAAUGUAUGGGAAGUUUACAUGGACCAUUACGAACUUCUCCACUUUAGACUCCGAGGAAUUGUACUCGGAUGCGUUUUCUCUUGAUGGCCACAUAUGGAGGAUUCUUAUCAUUCAAAAAGGGGAUUUGUCAAUUUUUUUGGAUGCUGGUGUUGCUACCAUGCCUCAUGGAUGGGAAAAAUUUGCAAAUUUCAGAGUCAUUCUAAUUAAUCAGCUCAAUCACAAAAGAAAUAUAAUAAAAGAUUGCAGCCACACCUUCAACUCAAAGCAGGGCAAGUGGGGUUUUCCAUCUUCCAUAUCUUUGGGUGAACUUUGGCACUCUAGUCGCGGGUUCAUUGUAAAUGAUACUUGUGUAAUUGAAGCUCAUAUAUUGGUUCAUAUGUUAGAGCAUAAGAAACUAGUUGCUGAAUCGGUGAGGAACAUCGACAAUAAGCUUGUUGAAAGCAUUGAGAAUAUCUCCCCCAAGGAAAUCAUUUCAACCUCAUCAUUUGGUGAGGUGGUGGAUUUUAGGGACAUAGGAAAAGUAGAGAAAGAUUUUAUUCCUCUAUUGGAAGAAGUUUGUUCACAAUAUCCCUUACUUAUGGAUAUUAAGAAGAAGAGAAGUCAAAGAUUUACUGACUGGGCUUUUACCGCACUUGGUAGAGUUCUUCAUUUUCUCAACUUAAAAAAGUGA